CCUAAGAGUGGUGCUGACGAGAAUUUUACCAUAACUUUUGAGGAAGAACUCAAGAUCCUCGAUGAGGUCGUAGCAUCUGAUGAGGAAAUUCUUAUUGAUGAAAGCGACGUUGUGACUGCUGACACUGGUUGGGUUCUACCCAAAACUUGGUUACGACCUUCAGUAGCGCCUUCUGAUGUGGCGUCCGAGAAACUGGUUUUUCAACAGAUGGAUAUCGAUUUUUAUAAGGGUGCAAAGGUGGCAAAUAUGCUCGGCCCAAACUGCAAUCCAGUACCAAUCAUCCGUGUUUACGGAGUUUCAGAGAAAGGACACAGCGUCGUGGCUCAUGUUCACGGAUUUCUGCCGUACUUUUAUGUUGCUGCACCGCAGAAUUUCAUGCAAGAACAUCUUGAGGAAUUUCGUAGACAGCUAAACUUUGCUGUUUGUGGGGAACUUAAAGGAAAUCAAUCAGACGGUCUUAAAGAUUUUGUUCUCAAUGUUGAACUUGAGGAGAAAGAAAGCAUAUUUGGUUUUCAUGGUAACGUUAAGUCCAAAUUCAUUCGAAUCGUGCUCGCCCUUCCUCGAUUUAUAGCCACUGCAAGGCGCAUUCUUGAGAACGGCUUUUCAUUUUGCGCCUUUCCGAAUUACUCUUAUGCCCCAUUUGAGGCCAAUGUUGACUUUGAAACGCGUUUUAUGGUUGAUAUCAAUAUGACUGGAUGCUGUUGGAUCGAGCUACCCGCUGGGAAGUACUUCUUAAGACAGAAAAGUCGAAUUAAUUCGCCAUCUAAAGUGUUGAAAGAGGCUAAUGCCGUGAUCCCCAUUGAUGAAUUCCUCUCUUCUGCUGCGAGUCAGACCAGGUGUCAGUUGGAGGUCGACGUUGCGUGGAAUGACAUUAUCAUUUACCCCACUGAGGGCGAGUGGAGCAAGAUUGCGCCCAUAAGGAUUCUCAGUUUUGAUAUUGAAUGUGCUGGUCGGAGAGGUGUUUUCCCAGUUCCAGAGCAAGAUGCUGUUAUUCAGAUAGCCAAUAUGGUUAUCAGAUACGGUGAUUCGAAGCCUUUUAUACGCAAUGUUUUCACACUCAACACCUGCGCUCCCAUCAUCGGCUCGCAUGUCAUCUGCUUUGCAACGGAGAAUGAAAUGCUUUCUAAAUGGGCUCAUUUUGUUCGAGAAGUUGAUCCUGACGUGAUUACGGGCUAUAACAUACAGAAUUUUGACCUUCCAUAUCUGGUCAACCGAUGCAACCAUCUUAAAGUGAGUUCGUUCCCUUUCUUGGGUCGUGUACUUGGUUCCAAGUCCAUUGUGCACGACAGCUUAAUCCAUUCAAAGCAAAUUGGCCGCCGAGAGAACAAAUAUGUAUCCAUUGAUGGGCGCGUUCAAUUUGAUCUAUUACAGAUACUGCUCAGAGAUUACAAAUUGCGGAGUUACACUCUGAAUUCGGUUAGCUAUCAUUUCCUAAAGAAGCAAAAGGAAGAUGUCCAUCACAGCAUUAUCAGUGAUCUUCAAAACGGAAAUGACCAAACGCGCCGACGCUUGGCCAUAUACUGCCUGAAAGAUGCUUACCUACCCCUGCUCUUGUUAGAUAAGUUGAUGUCAGUCGCAAAUAGCGUCGAAAUGGCCAGGGUUACAGGCGUGCCCAUGGCCUAUCUCUUGAAGCGAGGUCAACAAGUUAAGGUAAUUUCUCAGCUUCUGCGAAAAUCGAAGGAAAAUGGCCUUCUCUUGCCAACUCACAGAUCAGGUCAGGGCGACGAGUACGUGGGCGGCACUGUUAUCGAACCUCAGCGCGGCUUCUACAACGAGCCUAUUGCGACUCUAGAUUUCUCCAGCCUGUACCCUAGCAUCAUGGUUGCCCACAACCUUUGUUACACGACUCUUUUGAAGCCAGAGGAUAUAUCCGCUUCAGGAGGAAUAGUUCAUCUUUUGGCCACUUAUAACCUUGGUCCCGAUGACUAUAUUAGAACACCUACGGGGGCGUAUUUUGUCAAGAAACACAUACGCAAGGGGCUCUUGCCAUGCGUUCUCGAACAGCUUCUGGAAGCUAGGACGAAAGCAAAACGUGAAAUGGUCGCAGAAAAUGACAAUUUCAGACGACAAGUUCUUGAUGGUCGACAACUAGCGCUCAAGGUGAGCGCCAACUCUGUCUACGGCUUUACGGGUGCCCAGGUUGGAAAAUUGCCUUGUCUGGAGCUCUCUAGCUCCAUUUCGGGAUUUGGUCGGGAAAUGAUCGAGGAAACUAAACGCUUAUUGGAAGAGGAGUUCACCAUCAAAAAUGGCUACAAAAGCGAUGCUAAGGUAAUAUACGGCGAUACCGAUUCCGUUAUGUGCAAGUUCGGAGUUUCAACCGUCGAAGAAGCUAUGGCAUUGGCCCGCAAAGGCGCUGAGUACAUAUCUGGCAAGUUUUUAAAACCCAUUAAGCUGGAUUUCGAAAAGGUUUACUUCCCCUACUUGCUUAUAAACAAAAAGCGGUACGCAGGUCUAUAUUUCACAAAACCGGACAAGCAUGACAAAAUGGACUGUAAAGGUAUAGAAACGGUUAGACGAGACAACUGUCCACUCGUGGCCAACCUCGUGAACGCAUGUCUCCAGCGUAUUCUUAUUGAUAGGGAUCCCUCGGCAGCAAUCAGACACGCUCAGCGCACAAUUUCGGAUCUGCUCUGUAACCGGAUCGAUAUUGCCCAAUUGGUGAUAAGCAAAGAGCUUACCAAAACCGACGAGGAGUACGCCGGCAAACAGGCCCACGUGGAACUGGCAAAUAAGAUUCGCAAGCGCGACCCCGGCUCGGCACCGCAACUGGGAGACCGGGUGCCUUACGUUAUAACUUCAGUGGGUGGCAAGAACACCGCUGCCUACGCCAAGGCAGAGGAUCCGCUAUACGUGCUGCAGCACAACGUCCCCAUCGAUGCUAAAUACUACCUCGAGAAUCAGCUCGCGAAUCCCCUUAUGCGCAUCUUUGAGCCCAUUCUAGGAGAGGCCAAAGCCAAAUCGGCACUAUUAACUGGUGAACAUACACUUGUGAAAUCGGUUCUCCAUUCAAAAGUUGGUCAGUUGUCCGCUUUCACUCAAAAGCGUGUAUCGUGCGUCGGGUGCAGAUCCCUUCUUCCUAAGGACCGUGAAACUGAGGCCCUGUGCACCUACUGUCAGUCAAAGGCUUCUGAAAUUUACCAGAAGGGGACGGAGCGACUGCGUGCGCUAGAGGCUCGCUAUGCGCGUCUCUGGACCGAGUGUCAGCAUUGUCAAGGCAGCAUCCAUGAACAGAUCAUCUGUUCUAGUCGUGAUUGUCCCAUCUUUUACAUGAGGACAAAGGCUAAAACUGACCUCGAUGAACAAGUCAACAUUAUGAAGCGGUUCGGAGAACCCUCUUGGUAG